UGACAAAAAAAAUGGCGGAAUGACACGAAGCGACAAUAAGGCGCGUGGCGGCACCGGCAGUGGCCGUCGGUGUGGGCGCGUGCGGCCCUUAUUCGCACUAAACUCCCGACCGAUAACCGAGCUGCCGUCCCCUCCUCACUACGCGGGAUUCAUCCGCCAUCGGCGCACCUUUGGCGAUUUGGUUCCCUGAUUGUAUGCGGUUCAUUUGUCGCGAAUUCGCGACACGGGGGGCUAAAACACAGCAUCGCUGCGGUCGGAUUUGUGAAGAUUACAGUCAAUAAAGUGCUGUGCCCGAGACUGCCUCCUAAUCCCUGUGUGAAAGGGAUGUGCAGUGCACCGGCGGGAUCUUGACUUUCCGCUAAAAGCUGGAAUGGCCGAGGUUCCCGCGUCAUGUGAUUGUUUUGUGUCCUUGCCUCCUGGCUCUCGCGAUGACCACGUUAUUUUCGGGAAGAACGCAGACCGUCCCCGGGAUGAGGUGCAGGAAGUGGCCCACUACCCUGAAGAGUCUCACCCUCCAGGCGCCAUGCUGGAGUGCACAUACAUCCAGAUCCCUCAAGUGGAGCAGACCCACGCUGUCGUCCUCAGCAAACCUGCCUGGAUGUGGGGCGCUGAAAUGGGAGCUAAUGACCAGGGAGUUUGCAUUGGGAAUGAGGCGAUCUGGACCCGAGAGCCCGUCUGCCCCGGAGAUGCUCUGCUGGGCAUGGACCUUGUCAGGCUGGGGUUGGAGCGUGGCGACAGUGCCUGGUCGGCACUGACCGUGAUCACCGGUCUCCUGGAGCAGCAUGGCCAGGGUGGGCAGUGCAAGGAGGACCCUGUGCCCUUCAGCUACCACAACACCUUUCUCCUGGUGGACCGCAACGAGGCCUGGGUCCUGGAAACCGCUGGACGUCUGUGGGUGGCCCAAAAGGUCACAGAGGGCGUGAAGAACAUCUCCAACCAGCUGACCAUUGGGACGGAGGUCACCGCGGAGCACCCAGAGCUGCGGCGCGUGGCGCAGGCUCAGGGCUGGUGGGACAAUGAGAGUGAGUUCAACUUCUCACGGGUGUUCAGUCCCGAGGACCCGCCUGCCAGGAUGGAGCUGGCAAAACAGCGCUACAAGGGAGGCACAGAGCUACUCAAGCAACAUGACGGCUCAGUGACGGCAGCUGUGAUGAUGUCCAUUCUGAGGGACAAGCCCAGCGGUAUCUGCAUGGAUUCUGGAGGAUUCUGCACGACAGGCAGCAUGGUAUCGGUCCUGCCCAGAGACCCCACCCUUCCCUGCAUCCACUUCUUCACUGCCACCCCAGAUCCCUCCCGGUCUAUAUUCAAGCCUUUUAUCUUCUCGGACUUUUCCACCCCGGUGCUGAGGGUGGUCUCCCCACAGUUUGGCCCAGACGACCCUGCCAGGAAGCAGCCUCGCUUUCAGAGCAAGGUGGACCGAAGACAUGACCUGUACAAGGCCCACCAGGUGGCGGUCAGGACCAUGGAGAACAACCCGGAUGAGGGUUCAUCUGUCUUUGAGAUUCUAAGGGAACUGGAGUCGCAGUGUCUGAGUGAGAUUUCAGCCAUGCUGAGUGGAGAGAUAUCAGGAGAAGAACUGGGGGACUUAUUUUUUGACACCGUCGACGCAGAAAUAAAGUUCUACCAGUGAGGAGGUGGGAGGCGUAGCUGCGUAGGGUGUUGGAUUGUUCAUGAAUGUGUUCCUGCUGUUCAGGGAAAACUUUUGACUGCAACUUGGGAGCAGAGAAAGUCUAACCCUGAAGACGUGAUAACAGUGAUGAAUUCCCAUCGAUAGAUUGAAUCACUUUUAGUAACACUAUGGAUUAAGGAAUACAUUGGUUUAGGCUAUAAGACAGUAAAGAAUUGUAGGAAGAGUUAAGUCAAUAAUUUAUAUGUGUUGUGUUAACUAAUGUUGGAUCGUGCAUAACUUAAGAAAACACAUUAUAACAUUAUAACAUCUGUGUCAAACCAAAUUGGAUGAUGAUUUUUUUAGAUUAUGGAAGUCUGCCUUUGUUUGAAGAAAAAGAUUUUAUUUUAUUUCCUCAUAAGCGAAUAUGAGACAAUUCAGAGUAAUCACAAUGAACUUGACUGCAAAGGCCUGUCCAGCACACUGCAGCAUUGUAACAGUGAUCUGGUGGGGUUUUGUUCAGCAAUACGAGUAAAGCACCUAAAAUAAACAUAAAAGAAGAACAACUUUUCUCAAGUUAGACUCUGCCAUUUUUUGCUAGCAAAUAUAGAAAUAGCCCUGUGAGGAAAUGUGACUGUGUUCCCAGCAAAUCUCAUUGGGGGCUCAAACUGUGUGCUGUAUUUCACUCUUUUUACAGCGCCCUCAAGUGGAUAUCUCUAACGCUGGUCGAGUUUCAGGAGAAGGCCCCCGGCUCUCUUAGAGGUUGUGUUUGUCCUCUGAUUGGGCUCUGCCUCACUCAAUUAACACACGUCUAUCAUUAACACACACUAAAUCUCUGAACUGCACUGAGCAAUUGUCACGUCUCACCUGGGGAGCAAUGAGUGCACUUUUAAUGAUGUAGACUACACAAACGCCUGUGUAGAGCAGUGUGAAGUAAAAAUUAGUUUGUUGUUUCAAUUGAAUGGGUGGUCAUUUGUGGAUCCCGGCAGGGAAUGAUCUAAUAAAGAAUGUGCAUAGUCUGUUCUGUGUGUGUUGACAGUAUUUGUGCAGCUGCUUGCAUCAUUAAUGAUUGGUACUACUGCUAUUUAUUUUCAUUACCACUGCACCUUGAAAUAAAAGUGGAGAAUGGA